AUGGAAUCUGGGAGAAGGGGAUGGAAUCUGGGAGGAGGGGAUGGAAUCUGGGAGAAGGGGAUUGAAUCUGAGAGGGCGCGAUGGAAUCUGGGAGAAGGGGAUGGAAUCGGGGAGAAGGGGAUGGAAUCAUGGAGAAGGCGAUGGAAUGUGGGAGAAGGGGAUGGAAUGUGGGAGAAGGGGAUGGAAUCGGGGAGAAGGGGAUGGAAUCUGGAAGAAGGGGAUGGAAUCUGGGAGAAGGGAAUGGAAUAUGGGAGAAGGGGAUGGAAUCUGGGAGAAGGGGAUGGAAUCUCGGAGAAGGGGAUGGAAUUAGGGAGAAGGGGAUGGAAGCUGGGAGAAGGGGAUGGAAUCUGGGAGAAGGGGAUGGAAUCUGGGAGAAGGGGAUGGAAUCUGGGAGAAGGGGAUGGAAUCUGGGAGAAGGGGAUGGAAUCGGGGAGAAGGGGAUGGAAUCUGGGAGAAGGGGAUGGAAUCUGGGAGAAGGGGAUGGAAUCAGGGAGAAGGGGAUGGAAUAUGGGAGAAGGGGAUGGAAUCUGGGAGAAGGGGAUGGAAUCGGAGAGAAGGGGAUGGAAUAUGGGAGAAGGGGAUGGAAUCUGGGAGAAGGGGAUGGAACCUGGGAGAAGGAGAUGGAAUGAGGGAGAAGGGGAUGUAAUCUUGGACAAGGGGAUGGAAUCUGGGAGAAGGGGAUGGAAUCUGGGAGAAGGGGAUGGAAUCUGGGAGAAGGGGAUCGAAUCAGAGAGAAGGGGAUGGAAUCAGGGAGAAGGGGAUGGAAUCUGGGAGAAGGGGAUGGAAUCUGGGAGAAGGGGAUGGAAUCUAGGAGAAGGGGAUGGAAUCUGGGAGAAGGGGAUGGAAUUUGGGAGAAGGGGAUGGAAUCUGGGAGAAGGGGAUGGAAUCUGGAAGAAGGGGAUGGAAUCUGAGAAAAGGGGAUGGAAUCUGGGAGAAGGGGAUGGAAUAUGGGAGAAGGGGAUGGAAUCUGGGAGAAGGGGAUGGAAUCUGGGAGAAGGGGAUCGAAUCAGGGAGAAGGGGAUGGAAUCUGGGAGAAGGGGAUGGAAUCUGCGAGAAGGGGAUGGAAUAUGGGAGAAGGGGAUGGAAUCUGGGAGAAGGGGAUGGAAUCUGGGAGAAGGGGAUGGAAUCUGGGAGAAGGGGAUGGAAUCUAGGAGAAGGGGAUGGAAUCUGGAGAAGGGGAUGGAAUCUGGGAGAAAGGGAUGGAAUCUAGGAGAAGGGGAUGGAAUAUGGGAGAAGGGGAUGGAAUCUGGGAGAAGGGGAUGGAAUCUGGGAGAAGGGGAUGGAAUGUGGGAGAAGGGGAUGGAAUCAGGGAGAAGGGGAUGGAAUCUGGGAGAAGGGGAUGGAAUCUGGGAGAAGGGGAUGGAAUAUGGGAGAAGGGGAUGGAAUCUGGGAGAAGGGGAUGGAAUCUGGGAGAAGGGGAUGGAAUCAGGGAGAAGGGGAUGUAAUCCGGGAGAAGGGGAUGUAAUCUGGGAGAAGGGGAUGGAAUCUGGGAGAAGGGGAUGGAAUCUGGGAGAAGGGGAUGGAAUCUGGAAGAAGGGGAUGGAAUUUGGGAGAAGGGGAUGGAAUCUGGGAGAAGGGGAUGGAAUCUGGAAGAAGGGGGUGGAAUCUGGGAGAAGGGGAUGGAAUGAGGGAGAAGGGGAUGGAAUCGGGGAGAAGGGGAUGGAAUCAGGGAGAAGGGGAUGGAAUCUGGGAGAAGGGGAUGGAAUCUGGGAGAAGGGGAUGGAAUCUGGGAGAAGGGGAUGGAAUCUGGGAGAAGGGGAUGGAGUCUGGGAGAAGGGGAUGGAAUUUGGGAGAAGGGGAUGGAAUCUGGGAGAAGGGGAUGGAAUCAGGGAGAAGGGGAUGGAAUCUGGGAGAAGGGGAUGGAAUCUGGGAGAAGGGGAUGGAAUCUGGGAGAAGGGGAUGGAAUCUGGGAGAAGGGGAUGGAAUCUGGGAGAAGGGGAUGGAAUAUGGGAGAAGGGGAUGGAAUCUAGGAGAAGGGGAUGGAAUCUGGGAGAAGGGAAUGGAAUCUGGGAGAAGGGGAUGGAAUCCGGGAGAAGGGGAUGGAAUUAG